UACGCCAUUUUGAAUUCGUCAAUAUCAUUUCAUAGUGCAAGGUACCGCUGUCUGUAGGUCUAAAGGAUAAUUAAAUAAAUAUGACUGAAACUAAAGUAAAGGCUUAUUGGAAGCGAGGGAUAUAUGACAGAUUGGAUGGUAGAAUAGAAACAACCACCGUACCUCCCAAAAAGUCUCUCAAAGCUAAGGGAAAUCCAAAGCCCGCGAAAAAACUUAAGGUAAGAGGUGGGAGCAAUCAACGCGGAGGAACUGGUGGGAAAACCAAACGUGGUGGAGCUGGUAGGACAUCCAAGCGUGGGGGAGCUGGUGGGAAAACCAAACGUGGAGGAGGAGCUGGAAGGACAUCCAUACGUGGGGGAGCUGGAAGGACAUCCAUACGUGGAGGAGCUGGUAGAAAAUCCAUACGUGGGGGAGCUGGUAGGAAAUCCAUACGUGGAGGAGCUAGUGGAAAAACCAAACGUGGGGGAGCUGGUGGAAAAACCAAACGUGGAGGAGCUAGUAGGAAAAAGAAGUGAUUCAAGUCAGAUGGAUUCAGUGGUCAUUUGACAUUAGUCAUCUCACUCUCUUCGUGUUUGCCAAGGAAGAAUCGUUUUACCUUCAUAUAUAAUUGCAAUGGAGCUGAUAAACAUUCCAAUUAAUUUAUUUUUCUUAUUUAUUCUUAAUACAUAUUGUAGCCUUGUUUUAAACGAAGCAAUAUGAUUAGUAUACUAUUAUUUCUUGUUUCGUUUUUAUUAUUUUUCUCUUAAAAGCUGCUUGAACUUGAUCUAUAAGUCAUCUUGAAUAAAUUGCAACAGGCCUACAGAGUUACCUUCAAUUUUUAAAUUAUUUGUUAAGAUAUUGUAUAUACAUGUAGAUGGAAAAAAAACGUGAUUGGUUUACUAUAUCUAAGAGGAUUUGUGCGGAGGAAAACAUAUGAUCAAAAUAGAAUAAGGAGAAUUUUUAAGAAUAAGGUCACCAAGACCAUUGGCGGUGGAACCAAAAACAAUUAGGUGUUGGACCCUAAAAAAAGGGUUAUCAACUACAAAUUAUUGGGGAACGCAGGAAAAAAAAUGACAAGCAAAAAAAAAGGUUAUAAAAAAAUUAGGGGGAACGUCCCCCCACUUAAAAUUUAGGGGGGACACCUCCCCCCCCCCAACUUCCGCCGCCUAUGACCAAGACAAUGUGAGUUUCAAAUUUGUGAUCUCUACUGUAUUACAAACACUGACUAGUAAUGGCAUGUACUGAAGGAAAACUAUCCCCUGUGCUCAUUUAAUCAAAGAAUCCAAAUAAUAUAUGCUAAGUGAAACUUUUGAAAAGGAUGACAUUUCAGUCGUUUUUUUUAUUAGAGCCAAUAGAGGAUUUGUCUCUAGCAUGUAUAUAUAAAAAUGAUAUGACGUAUGUGGCUAAUUAGUAAUUAAAAUGUGAUUACAACUUACGUAUUAUUCAAUGUAUUCAAAUAUUCUUCAAUUUGUUUCUUCUCUCUCUUUCUCCCCGCCCCCCCCCCCCCUCUCUCCUUCUCUGGUUUUAUUUACCGUAUACAAUUAUAAAACUCUCCUUCUCUUUAAGGAACUUUAACUUUGAUAAGGAUUAGCCUUUAAAAUUCUGCAUCAGUACUUUACAUCAUUAUUUUUAUGUUUUGAUAAGUUUACAACGAUGUAAUAGUUUAGAACGGAAACUAGGGAAGGUCGCUGUGUUUAUGGGAAAAUUUGAUAUGUUUCAAGUUAUGAAAGUAGGCCCUAUAAUAUUUUUGUAUUCUCCUAUAAUAUUCAGUUCUUUAGAUGAAAUCAAUUUUAAUGUUAUCAGUUACGGAAAUAGUGUGUUAAAUCGUAAAACAGGGCACUGUAGUAAAAAUUUAAUCUUUUAAGGAAAAUUGUUGAUCUUAAUUUUACAUUUUGAAUUCGUAAAUCGCUACACAUGCAUAUAUUUCUUUAAGUAAAUUCAGAUAAUCAAUAAUUUCCCCUAUGUAAAGUGAUGGUAUUACUUUUUUUCAAAUAUACAUUUUUUGCAUUACU